AUGGUAUAUGAAGUACCAAUCAGCCUAAUCGAGACGCUAGAGCAAACUGUGAGCAAGUAUCUCAAGAGAUGGCUCGGGUUACCACCAUCUUUUACCAACAUUGGGUUGUAUGGCAAGUCGACAAAUCUCCAGUUGCCAUUAACUGCGCUAACAGAGGAGUACAAGGUGACAAAAGCGAAAUUCCUGCUCACCCUGAGGGAUUCCGCAGAUGAGAAGAUCAGUAAAGCGGGCAUAGACGUCAGAACAAGAAGAAGGUGGUCCGUACAGCAAGCAGUUGACCAGGCUGAAGCUAAUCUUAGGCACAGGGACAUAGUCGUUAUCACGAACAUCGGGAGAGAAGGGUUUGGACAAAGACAUCAGCAACGCUUGGAACAGGCAAACAGGCUGGAAAAAUGGUCCAUGGUUCAGAAAGAGAUUCGGAGAAGUGAGGAUCAAGCCAGGUCUGCAAGAUCCGUGCAGAUGCCAGUGCAGUGUGCAUGGACAAAAUGGACCGUUCCAGAAAGAACACUUACCUGGCAGGAGUUGUGGAAGUAUGAACCACUUCAACUCAGCUUCCUUCUUCGGUCAGUGUAUGACCUACUUCCAACACCAGCAAAUCUCCACAGGUGGAAGCUCGCAGAUGACCAAAACUGCCCACUGUGCAAUGGAAGGGGCAGCCUCCAGCACACUCUCUCAUCCUGUAAAACUGCGUUGACACAGGUGCGUUACCGCUGGCGCCAUGACCAAGUCUUCCGCGAGCUGGCAGAUACCUUGGAAAGGGAGAGAAAGAAACCACGAACUCCCAAGAAAGGACCCCAGUUCAUCCCAUUUGUUAAGGAAGGAGGGAAGAAGACCACAACCACUAGCACAUCUGGCCUGCUAGAUGAAGCCAGAAGUUGGGAAAUGCGUGUGGAUCUGGGAAGAAAGCUGGUGUUUCCGGACAUCAUACAAACAAACCUACGUCCAGACAUUGUGCUGUGGUCACAGUCUCCAAAGAAGGUGAUACUGGUGGAACUGACUGUGCCCUGGGAGGAGAGAACAGAAGAAGCGUAUGAACGUAAGUCAGCCAAGUACCAAGACCUGGCAGAUGCCUGCAACGAAGCGGGAUGGAAAACACAUUUAUUCCCGGUAGAAGUCGGCUGCAGAGGAUUCCAAGCCCAGUCACUAUGGAGAAUGCUUGGCACAUUGGGCAUCAAAGGGAAAGUAAGGAAAGCCAUAGCCCAUGCAGUAGGAAAAGCUGCCGAGAGAGCGUCCAGUUGGCUCUGGUUACGCCGAAAUGAUAAGGAAUGGCAGCCAUCGCAGACAAGCAGUGCCUGA